ACAUUUCAAAUGUCAUCCGUCGUUCAGCCGAAUGGCCGAUGUGAACGUCGAACGAGUAGGUACUGCGUGCGCAAAUAAUGGUGAUGUGAAUUUGGGUGGUAUAGGAUCGUAGAGUGGACAUUCAUGUUACUUAGUAAAUUUUGUAUGACAGUAUUAAUUGCUGUGUCCUCGUGCAAUAUUAUUUUAUAGUGUUGUGUAGUAUUAUUACUGAAUAAACGUUGAUCUUAGUAGAGAGUCAGCUGUGGACAAUCGGUAAUUUACAGUUUUUUUACUGGAUACAAUACUAUGUGUUCCAUGUUGGACUAGUGGUAAAUAAAGAGAGGCGUACACACAAUUCGACUUGACCGGUUGUAUGUUUCUACACAAUUUACCGACGAGUAACUGGAACGAAUCACGCCGCGUUGCCGCUCCUUAAAACGGCGGCGUGGCAGCGCAGUAGGGUGUGGUGACCGCACACCCUGGAGCCCCCCAGGGGUCCACUGUUGAGGAGGGUGCGGCGGCAGAAUGGAAGACGGCGGCAGCAAUAAGCAGCGACAGGCGACGCGAGUCUUCAAGAAGAGCUCGCCCAAUGGCAAGAUCACAGUAUACUUAGGCAAAAGAGAUUUCGUGGACCACAUCACACAUGUAGACCCCAUUGACGGAGUCGUCCUGAUCGACCCGGAGUAUGUCAAGGACAGGAAGGUGUUCGGCCACGUGCUGGCCGCGUUCAGGUAUGGCCGGGAGGAUCUCGACGUGCUGGGGCUCACGUUCAGGAAGGACCUGUACCUCGCCGCUGAACAGAUCUACCCGGCUAUCAACACGACGAAGCGGCCCCUCACGCGGCUGCAGGAGCGACUGGUCCGCAAGCUGGGGGCGGCCGCGCAUCCCUUCUACUUCGAGCUGCCCCCGCACUGUCCCGCGUCCGUCACGCUUCAGCCCGCGCCCGGCGAGACCGGCAAGCCCUGCGGGGUGGACUACGAGCUGAAGGCAUUCGUUGCUGACUCACAAGAUGAUAAACCACACAAGAGAAAUUCAGUGCGGUUAGCAAUCAGGAAGAUUAUGUACGCGCCAAGCAAGCAAGGCGAGCAGCCCUCCGUCGAGGUCUCCAAAGAGUUCAUGAUGAGCCCCAACAAGCUGUAUCUGGAAGCAUCCCUAGACAAGGAGCUAUACCACCACGGCGAGAACAUAGCAGUGAACGUACACAUAGCGAACAACUCGAACCGAUCGGUGAAGCGCAUCAAGGUGUCGGUGCGCCAGUUCGCGGACAUCUGUCUGUUCUCCACCGCCCAGUACAAGUGCACCGUCGCUGAGACCGAGAGCGAGGAGCCAAAGUCGAUGUCGGCGAGAUUAUUUAAAUUCCCCUUUAUCGGGAUGUUCACUAAGAAAUUGUCCAUGCAGUCAGUGGAGGGGUGUCCGGUUGGGCCGGGCUUUACGCUGAGCAAGGUGUUCACUGUGACGCCGCUGCUGGCAAACAACAAGGACAAAUGGGGGCUCGCGCUCGACGGCCAGCUCAAACACGAGGACACAAACCUUGCGUCCAGCACACUAAUUGCGGAUCCAUCGCAGCGAGAGAACCUAGGUAUUAUAGUCCAAUACAAGGUCAAGGUGAAGCUGUGUCUCGGUCCACUAGGCGGUGACUUGAGCGCAGAGCUGCCGUUCAUCUUGAUGCACCCGAAGCCGGAGGAGGAGCCCCGCGCCGCGCCCGAUAGCACGCCGCGAGCCUUGGACCACGACCUCAUUCAGCUCGACCCGCACCCGGAUGAGAACGGACAAGAACAAGAUGACGACAUUAUCUUCGAGGAUUUCGCGCGUCUCCGACUAAAAGGCGCCGAUGCGGAUGCCUGAGAUUCGCCUUCCCCGCCGCCCGACCCCACGCCGCUGAACUGGUUCUACCGGAACAUCGCGGCGCGCGCGAUGGUGCGGCGGCCGCCGCCGGCCCGGCCGCGCCGGCACACGCUGGCGCACAUCGCGUACGUGGCGCGCGCCACGCACCUGCUGAGCGCGCCCGCGCACUCCCGCGCCGCGCGCGCGCUGUGGGACCGCCGCGCGCGCGCCGCCACGCGCCAGCACCUGCGCCACAACACGGCCUUCCUGGCCAUCGUCAACCAGUACCGCCCCGGGCCCGCCAAGCGCGCCGUCCUCUCCGCGGCCGCCAACGACUGCGACUGCGUCGAACGCAUCCAGGCCAAGAUGAACAGUCAGUUCUUCCGUUCGCCCUACGAUUUUCUGUUCGGCGACGACGAGGAGAGUGUGAUUUACGACGACGUGCCCAACUUCCCCCAGGACCUCAUCACCGGCCUUACGGUGGACAUGCCGCCGCCCAUCAACCCCCUCGACCUGCGCGACCCUUUCGGAGAGUCCGAUAGCGACGACGAGGGCGAGCCUCUCGGCGACUACGCCACGCCGGACAGCGACCUCGAUUCAGAUUAUUAGAAAAGGACCUCGAAUAAGUGUUUUGAGAUAUUUCACACGAUUUGGUUCCGUACUUUUGUCAGCUUCCGAUAUGCUGCGGGAUCCGAUCAUUCAUGCAGUCGAACAGAAAUGAAACAGAGGCGUGCAGGGGUCCAUGUGAGGCAAGGGAAAUUCAGUAAUAUUUGCAAUUAGAUUAUUAUUAUAAAAUUAUAGAUAUAGAGAGUCGGUGGUGUUACACAAAUGUCAUUGUAUGUAAACUCUUAUAUGAAUGUCAUAGGGUGUCGUGAAACAAAAACGAAUGCAAACGCAAACACAGUCUGUCCAUGAACGUUUCAAACAUUCAAUCCCUGUACAGUGUAUAAUCGAGAGGAUUUGACUAUUCACAAUAUAGUGCGCGCUGACGGACGUAUCGGACGUAUCACUCGUCGGAAGCCACGCACGUUACGUAUGUCCGACACGCGCUCGCAAACAAUUAGCGUAUUUAAUAAAGAAUUUUAUAUUAUAUUCGAUGUAUAUUGUAUGUGAAAAUUAUUUUAAUUGUUGUCUAUGGAUCAAAUAAGCGAGUACAAUGUUUAUUUUCAUUUAUUUUUCACAUUAUCAUUGGCCAUUGAUUUUUAGGUGUAGUACAAUGUUCGACGAAUGCAUUUAAUAGUGUAAAAGAAGUGUUUUACCUCUGUAACGUAAUUUUUACUUUUCGACUUGUAGUGUUGUAUGUCUUAUUGUUGAUGUUGAAGAUAUAUAUAAAGUAGGUAUAACGUAUUAUUACAGUUGUGUUGACUACGCAAAUCAUGAGAAAAACAUAAAAUAUUGGAUUUGUAAAGUCAUUGUAAUAAAAUACUUUUGUGGCCUUUUAUUACCAUUGUUUCUGAGUGAUAAAGGGUGAUAUUACUAUAACAACAGCAGUACGCUAGUGGCCGACGAACCCUUCUGUGUGGCAGUCGUGUGGAGAACAUAUAUUUAUUGUAGUUACAUUGUGAACAGAGGGGUGAACACGUCGGUUACAAUACCUGUAUGCGCAAUAUAUGACCAAACCGAGAAAUAUGUGUAUAUUUAAGUAUAUUAUUCCUCUUUUGCCUGCUAUACUUUGCUAUCGCACAUUACUGAGUAAGUACACACAUAUUUCUGCUGAUUCCAAACUUGCGUUCGCUCCGUACAAAAUUUACGUCUUAACACAAUUAUUAUUUUACAUUUAAUCAUCAUAAAUGAAUUCUUAUGUAUUAAAUUUUGUAUGGAGUAAAAACAAUUCUUAAAAUACAGUUCCGCUCUUAUAUGUUUAGUUCUUAAAACAGGACUAUUCAUUCGUUUUGCGGAGGUGAGAAGCCGCUAUGCGUAUUGUGGUGCGCCAUCUUGCUCCCACAAAUCUUCAAAACCUCAUAAUAUAGAUUAGAUACAGGGGUGUUCCGCAACUUCACAAAAAAACAAAAUUGUUAACUUUUUUAAAUUUUCAACCUUAUUGUAUUGGAAUAAGGACUGAGUUUUAUCGACUGCAUCUAUACAAUAUUAUCAGUAUGAAAAAAAAACAAGUGUCGAAUACAUACGGUACAUUAAUGAAAACGUAUCCUUAUAUUGAAUCUUAUGUUUAUGUUGAUAAAGUCCAAAUUUGUACACACAAUGUAUCAGUGAAUUAUAUCUUUUGCUUGUUAACUUGCAUAUCUUCAUUAUCAUAUUUUCGCAGCUUCACUUCAAAGAUUAAAGAGAAUGCUCUUAAUAAUGGAACUAUUUUUGUAAAUAAUAAUCAAGUAUUGUUUGUUUGGCAGAUAAUGUACUAGGCUUGAAAUAUAUUAUGCGGCUGAUACCCAACAACCACAAUAUCUGCUUAGUACAUUAAAUACCCAAGGAUCGUAAUAGGCUGCAAUUAAUACACCAACUCCAAAUAAAAUGUAUUAUAACCUGUAUUGCCAAUAAGAUUUUUCUUGCAUAUCUACCGAUUAAUAAAAUGCAGCUUCAUGAACCACCAAUGUAUAAAUCAGAAUAGAGAAUAAAUUAUGUAAAACUAUUUUUUAAUGUAUGUUAUAGAUUGACUCCGUCUGUGUACACGAGGCGCGGUCGCGGCGUGACGUCACAGAUUAUGAUAUCAAUGUGAAAAGGAAUAUUGGGAAAAGUGUUUUUAUAAAGAGUUUUGUUUACCCACAGAGUUAUUAAAACUUUAGUGAAAUGAGGCGUAGAGUAUAAACAGUUUGCUGUAUUUUACGUAAUCUGUGACGCCGUCGGGUAGGGCGGUACACAAUAACGUCUUAUGAUAUUCGUUCUGUGACUAUGUACAUUCGUUUCGCUGUGUACAGUAGUAGUUAUGUAUAUUUCGUGGCAUGUUUCAUUGUAUAGUAAGCUUUAUAAUGCACAAAGUAUUCUAUUCUUUAAUAUACGGGCCUUAAUCACGCCUAGCUCGUUACAAACAUAAAAUAUUAAUAUUAUUUGGCUUUCACAAGUGCAUUUUAACCCAUAGAUUAAUUCUAAUAUUUGUUGUAUGGGUUAUCUUCCUCGGUCGCGAACUUUACCCGGCCCACUAAGGAAGACGCUCGAUAUAAUUUGAUAAAUAUUAUUACCAAAAUAAAUUUUCAAUGCAUAAUUCGGUGUUUCUGUUUCUAUCAAGUUGUAUUAUUUAUGUAUUUUAAAUGUAAGUAUUAAAUGGAAAUAACGAUUUGUAAUAUUGAUAGUAGGAACAAAAUAAAAAGACGAAACAGUGGAGUUUACAGCCAAUAGGUAAUUUUACCGUGGCCUAUGCUGGCGCAAUACUCUUAAGUACAAUUAGCCGUUUUUAAUAUAAAUAGUUUAUAUCUGUCGGAGGCUAACUUUUUUACUUUCCUUGCACAAAUGUAAUUUACACAUAAGAUAUAUAAACUUUUCUACUUGGAUACCACUUGGCUGUAAAGAUGUCUCUGUUAUUUACCCUUAGCUAGUACCUUGUCCAAUACCUGAUAGUAUACGGUGUAUUCACUAGCCGCGCUGUAAUCUUUAUUAGAAUUUUAACUUUCAAAUCACGUUAAUCACAUUUUGGAAAGAUAUAAGCGUGGCUAGUAGUUCAUCGUGGUCCAGUGCAGAAAUCAUUCAUUAAUGGCAAAUCGCACACAUUCUUUUUUUAAUUUUACAUCGAAACAUUUUUGAUGUAUACUUUUUUCAAUAAAUAAUAUGUAACCAA